GAAGCCGAAAAACCCGGCUUCUGUUUUGGGAGUUUUGAUGCCACUUUUGGUUUUAAUAAAACCCCCUCAAACUCAAAUGGUUCUGUGGCUGUGACCGUGAGUGAAAAAACAUUUGAAGCAUCUAAGGAGGCUAAUGAAACUAUAUAGGAUCAAAUGCAAUCCAGAAAUGAAAAUGUUGAUGGAGAGGAGGAUCAUCUUGAAAGCCCUACCACAUCUUCAUCUAAUGUACCCAAGAAUUUACCAACGGAAGGUGACAUGUCAUUGAAUGCGGGACCCGAGUACAGAGAGUCGAAACAAGAGACUUCUUCUUCUUCUUCUUCACUCCCUACUCCAAGUCAUCAAUACCCAGUUGUUCAUACAUCACCAAAUCCAAACUUCAGUUUUGGGUUCAUGCCACCAAUGAUUGGAAGCCAAGUUGCAUCUUUUGAAAACACCGAGUCUCAGGCACGCGAUGCUUCUCGUGUCCCAAGCUUUGUACAAGCUAUUAUGCUCACUUUUAUCGUGAGAGUGAUGGGCACAAAUCACCUUUCAAAUCAACCACAAAGUACAAUUGAAAUGUUCAACAACCUUGUCACUCUUCUCAAGAGGGAAAGCAAAAUUCAUGCUGCAGAGGAGAGACUAUUGCAGAAAGAUAUUCCAAGAACAACUGAUGAUUAUGAGAAGCUGAUAAGAAGCUCCCCAAAUAUUCCAAAUUUAUCUUCUGAUUCUGCUGAUCUGGCGAGAGAGAAGAGACGAAUCCAGAUGUACACAGAAAUACAAAGAGGUGUGGGCAGAAUAUUGCAAGUGGAUAAAGACCUUAUAGUUUGUUUUGUGUAUUUUGUACAUCAAGUAAAGUUGAUGGAAGAAAGGAAUAUGAAGCCACCUGAUUCAAAUCUUGCAGCAUUAUCAGCAAGAUGCAGUAAAGACUUGGAGUUGAAUUUGGCUAAAUCAUUUUUGAGUGAGAUGGGCCAAUGUACAACUGCUUAUCCGUAUAAUCAGCUGCUUGGAGCAUUAGUCUUAAAGAAUUAUGAAAGGCAAGAUGCAACUUUACUUAGUUAG